CUGUGGCGCAGUCUCGCGACACUUCCCGCAGCGCCACGCUGAGCCGAGCGGAGCUGCUCGCUCCGACAGCGGCAGCAGCAGCAGGAGCGCCGGCGUUGGGAAGCGCUGCUCCGCGCCCCGGCCCGCGGGGAAGACGACGCCCAUCGGCGCGGCUCGGCGGCAGCCGUCUCCCGGUGCCCGGGCUCGGCCGCGCUCCGCCCAGCAGCGGGGACUGCUGGGGGGAGCUGAAGGCUGAGCCCUCGCCUCGUUUUAUUUUUUCCUUUCUGCAUCCACGCGCACACGUAUGCCGAGGCGAGGCGAGGUGCCUCCCGCAGGACGCGGCGUGCAGCCCGGCCGCUGACCGAGAGCGGCGGCCGCAGGAGGAGGGAGCACAGCCCCGUCAGCAGCCUCGGGCACAGCCGCCCCAAACUUUCAGCCCGCGCCCCGGCAGAGCCUCGCUCGACAUCGAUGGUGGAGGCGAUUGUGGAGUUCGACUACAAAGCUCAACAUGAUGAUGAGCUGACAAUCACUGUAGGUGACAUAAUCACCAAUAUCAAGAAAGAUGAUGGAGGCUGGUGGGAAGGACAGCUCAAAGGCAGAAGAGGUUUGUUCCCUGACAACUUUGUAAGAGAAAUAAAGAAGGACAUGAAGAAAGAAAGUACUGCCAACAAACCACCAGAGAAGCCUAUAAAUGAAAUUUGCAAUGGAAGCUCUUUACUGUUGUCUGAGACAAUUAUUAGAACCAACAGAAAAGGAGAGAGGAACAGACGAAGAAGAUGUCAGGUGGCUUUCAGUUAUCUGCCUCAAAAUGAGGAUGAACUGGAAUUAAAAGUUGGUGACAUUAUUGAAGUUGUGGGAGAGGUAGAAGAGGGCUGGUGGGAAGGUAUCCUUAAUGGAAAGACGGGCAUGUUUCCUUCCAACUUCAUAAAGGAACUGUCUGAUUCUGAUGAUGCUGGAAUAGCACAGGAAGAGCAAGUAAAGCCAAGAAAAUCUGCCUUUGAAGGGACAAUUCUGUACAGAGUGGCACCGGCAAAGAUUGACAGCUACAGACGCUAUAACAGUCUGAAAGAUACUACAGGCUCUGAGAGUGAUGGUGGUGACUCUGGCAGCACAAAAUCAGAAGGAGCCAAUGGAGGCACAACAAUCCAACCCAAAAAGGUUAAGGGUGUUGGCUUUGGAGAUAUCUUCAAAGAUAAACCUAUAAAGCUACGGCCAAGGUCAAUAGAAGUUGAAAAUGACUAUCUCCCAGUAGAUAAGACUGUUGGGAAGAAAGUACCUCCAGCCACAGCAACUCAGGAGCCAACAAAAACAGAAGCGGACAGCAGAACAAAAACCAAGGAGUAUUGCAAAGUGAUAUUUCCAUACGAAGCACAGAAUGAUGAUGAACUCACAAUCCGAGAAGGUGAUGUCGUCACACUUAUCAGUAAGGACUGUAUUGAUGUGGGUUGGUGGGAAGGAGAACUGAAUGGCAAACGGGGAGUGUUUCCAGAUAACUUUGUCAAGCUUCUUCCUUCUGAUUUUGAAAAAGAGAGACCGAAGAAACCACCACCUCCAUCAGCUCCUGUCGUCAAACAAGGAUUAGGUACCACAGAUCGAAAACAAGAAGUGAAAAAGGUGCCUCCUGAAAGACCAGAAUGUCUUCCUAAUCGAACAGAAGAAAAAGAAAGAUCAGAGAGAGAGCAAAAACAGUUAGACUUGCAGAAGCCUUCAGUUCCUGCUAUACCUCCGAAGAAACCACGGCCACCCAAAGCAAACCCUGUGAACAGACCUGGUACCUUGCCUCCAAGAAGGCCGGAAAGACCAGUUGUGCCUGCGACUCAUGCAAGGAGUGAUAGUCCAAAAGUGGAAUUAGUGGGGAGUUCGGUGUCCAGUGCACUGGAGAAAGACUCCUCUGAAAGAAGCAAUGACAUCGACUUGGAAGGUUUUGACUCUGUAGUACCAAUUGCUGAGAAGCUUAAUCAUCCAACUACAACCAGACCAAAAGCUACUGGCAGGCGACCACCCUCCCAGUCUUUCACAUCUUCGUCCCUUUCAAGCCCAGAUUUCUUUGACUCACCAAGUCCUGAGGAAGAGAAGGAAGAGCAUGUUUCCAUUACACACAAAACUAUUGAAGCGUCGAAGAAAUCAAGAACUGUUACAAUAUCACAGGUAUUUGAUAAUAAAACUCCAUUGCCUCCAAAGCCAGGAGGUUUGGCUAGUGGCAGUAAUGUACAACCAUCUCUAUCCCCUUCACCAUCACCUGGAUUUCAUUCAAUUGCUAUGGGAACAACAGGCCACAGGUCAAAUUCCCCAUCCCUGCUUGGUGCAGAAGGAAAGCCAAAGACUGAACACUUGAGCCAGGGUCAGACUGCCCUGGAGGAGCUGAGAACACAAGUUAAGGAGCUAAGAACUAUCAUUGAAACGAUGAAAGACCAGCAAAAAAAAGAGAUUAAGCAGUUGCUGUCUGAAUUGGAUGAAGAAAAAAAGAUCCGUCUACGAUUGCAGAUGGAAGUUAAUGACAUAAAGAAAGCUCUUCAAUCAAAGUGAAUACUUGAUAGAUGGAAUGUUGCAUUAUUCUACAUGACUGAGACUCAAAUUUAUGCCCCAGCCAAAAUAACUUUGUGCCAAAUGAUUUAAGAAUUGCCUCAACAUCCCUUUCUCAAAGGAUUAGCACAACCGUUUUUGAUAGCACAACAGAAAUACCAACAGUGAGGAAAAAUCUUCCACACGAAGCGGUGCAGUGUGGCACUGGUUGUGACUGAAAUCGAUCUUCUUGUGCUAAAGGCUCUCUACUUCAAGAUCAUAGGUGAAAUGAAAACUCAGGCAGUUUAGUCCAUAGUGGUACUAUUUUGAUGAUAUUUUUCCAUAAAUAAAGUGUAUUUCAGAUUAUCUGUUUACAAGCUUUAUGAUUUUGAUUAUUUUUUGUUUUUGUUUUUGUUUUUUAAUUGUCUUUUGUCACAGAUUUUAAAAUGUUUGUACUGCAUAUAGCCAGGAAUGAAUGUUAACGCUGGGGCUGGAGGGAUUAUUUUUGCUUCGAGAUAGAACAGCCUACUUCUUGUUACAGUUUUAAGUUGUUAAAUAUGCAAUUUCAUGUCCCCCAACCCCCUACAAUGAAACUUAACGUUGUGUACAGUAAUGUAUUUAGGAGAAGAAAACCAUCAGAAUAAGAUUCCGGUCUUUGCAAUGAUUUGUGCCUUUCUUUGCCACACACCAACGGGAGCUGGUUGCAGGUCAGGUCUCCAUCACGUAGCUACCCCCAUCUCCCGUCACCGGUGUCGGGUAGAGGUCACACUCGCCGUGUACAGCUAGCUGCUCCACACAACCAGGUCCCUGCCAAGCGGUGGGACAGUGGCACAGUUGAGAGCAUCUCUGUCUUCAUCAGCUGUGGCUUUUUAGCUUUCCCGUUUUCAGUAGCCUCUCCUUUGGUUUUGAAUGUUUAUCUCCGCUUGGUUUUCAGUAGAUGAUUUCAGCGCCAGCGUCCGUCCCCAAUUUUGCACAGAGUGAACAGAAUAUGCAUUAUUAAAGCAAAAAUAAAGAGAAGUAAACUAUAAAACGUGAAUAAAAAGUUGUAUUAUUUCCUGCACAAGGUUCUCCAUUGUGUGCCAUUGUUUCAUUUGCAACUUAUGAAGUGCUGUUUGCUGCAUAAUGUUGUAAGCUUUCUGCCAUUGAGUUAUGUAGAGUGAGAUACUUCAAGCCCUGCUUUGCAGUGAGCCUUUGUCUUCCUAAUUUUGUGGAGCCUGGUGCUUGCUUUGUUUCUUCCAGUUUCUGUUUCCAUUCAUUCACAAUAACUUCUUCUGGUUUCCUGUUAGUGGUUUUGUGUGUUCUUUGCUAGCAGUGGAGCAUCUCAUACCUUGUCAGCAAUCCCUGGUGAGUUCUUACAAAGCAUUUAAGGUCAUGGAUAUUUUUACACAGCAUGGAGUGAGUGGGUGAGUGGUGAUGUUGAUACUGCGGAGUGACAAAAACACAACAAAAUACUUAAAGGCUCUGUUUGUCAUCUCACCAAAUGCUGGCAUUGGCUCUAUCCAGGAUGUCCUGUAUCACAACUGACCAAUCUGCCUGCUGGGAACUGGGUGAAAAGUAGCCCUCUGUUGGCCAGUCAUGUUCUCACAUGGCUGGCAGAGCUCCCGUAAUCUUCUUGUAUGCACAGCUAUAUAAAAUAUACACAUUACCAGAUUCAGAUCUUACCUUAUGGAACUCAGCUGGCAAUACUGAACCUCACUAUUGGGAUCAUUUCUUCUACUGUGGCAUGUGCUUGUUUUGUAUCUGUGGUAUCUGAGAUUAAAAGAUCUGAUGAUGAAACUUGAGAAUAUUUCAAAAAGUCCCAAUACUAUUGCUCAGUGUUCUUAAAUAGAAGCACUAAUAAAAUAUCACUCAAAUGCUCUUAUUUAACAUUUCUAAAUAAUUACAUCACUUUUUUAUACAAAGAGUGAUAAUCCCAACAUAACUUUCCAGCAGUAAAGGUUUGUGAGGUCGAUAGCAGUGAGUAGAAGAGGAGGAAAUAAAGAGUAAGAAUUCUGUUUGGGUUUGUAGUGUUAUAUUUGCAACAAGUAUCCACGCAACAGUUCUAGCUUCCUAGUUGCAUUGCAGGAAGAAAAUAAACUAUUGUAUCCAUGGUAAAUGAAGUUCUAAUUCCUGAGUUGUAUCGCAGACAUGGAAGGGACUUCUCAGGAGCUUUCCAUUUUUUGUAAAUGCAAGUAUGACGUUGGCGAGGAGUUUUCUGAUAGCAAAUCACAUUGAUUUUUCUCCCCUGUCGAUGGUACUUUGAGAAUAUAUAACUUGUCACUUGAAUACAUAACUUGUCACUUGAUAAAUCCAAGUGAAAAGUCCAGCGUAUCUGUAAAUGAAGAUUGAAUAUGAUUUGGUGAAAAUGCUUUGCUUUGCAAGUUUAUUAUUAUGGGAUAAGAGAGUUCAAAGCAACACAAGUUUUUCUGCUUGCUGCAUUUCAUUAUAACAGGAAGUAUUUUACACAGUACGUGGAUUUUUCCCUUUUCAAAGGGGAUCGCUUAUGAAUGAAAGCCAUGGAUGUAAGCUGCUGCUUUGAAAAAUGUCUGGGUUUCUAUUUAAAGAAAAACAGAAAAUGCUGGUGAGCUGCAAAGUGCUUUUGAUGUGACAAUGAUUAAAUACUGCUGUUUAAAGUGUUGUGGGAAAUGAUUUUUUGUUAAUAUGCACACAGUGGUCUUGAAGGAGACUUCUGUUUCCAAGCAGAAAUAUGUGCUGGUAUGAAACACUGGGAUCACGCCUUUGGAUGAUAAUGUUACUCAUCUCGAUUUGGA